AUGAAGCAGGAAUUAACGACAACAAAUUACGUCACAAAACAUGCUUCAGUCGACACGCUAAGAGACAUUGUUACCGAUUCGCUGCCUAGAUGGCGCUGGCAGUUAAAGCAGCCGAAAUGGAAUUCGGGACCUCUAAAGGGUCAUUAUAAUCGGGCCCAUUGUCACGUUCUUAUACAGAAGCCGGUUCCAAAAACCAUAAUUACUAAGGAAUAUCUACUUAUAACCAAUCUUGUGGUUCCACCUCACAAGAGUAACAUCUCAUUUCAACCUUCGGCUAUGUUGCUCGUGAGCAAUUCCUGUCUCACCAACAGCAACAUAGUCGUUAAGCAAUUAUGGUCUAUGAGCCCUUCAUUUCUACAGACCAUAAUUACUAAGGAAUAUCUACUUAUAACCAAUCUUGUGGUUCCACCUCACAAGAGUAACAUCUCAUUUCAACCUUCGGCUAUGUUGCUCGUGAGCAAUUCCUGUCUCACCAACAGCAACACAGUCGUUAAGCAAUUAUGGUCUAUGAGCCCUUCAUUUCUACAGACCAUAAUUACCAAGGAAUAUCUACUUAUAACCAAUCUUGUGGUCCCACCUCACAAGAGUAACAUCUCAUUUACAACCUUCGGCUAUGUUGCUCGUGAGCAAUUCCUGUCUCACCAACAGCAACACAGUCGUUAA